AUGCUAAAAUUUUCAAAACAUGUCAGUCAUAAAAUAAAUACCCCAUAUAGGUUUAUGCCAUAUAUUAUAAAUAACAUUACAAACAACUUAUACUUUAUUUUGUUACACAAUUUUAUACCUUAUAAGAACAAACAUAUAUAUAACAAAUGUAAUUUUUAUAUUAUAGAUUAUAAACAGUUCCAUAUACUUCAAGAUUAUAUAGCAGAGAAGGAAAAAAAUACCGGAGACAAAUCCGUAAAUUAUGGAGAAGGAAAAAUAAAACAAAUACGACACAGCAAUAAUAAGGAUAAUAGUAAUAAUAAUAAUAAUAAUAAUAAUAAUAAUAAUAGUAAUAAUAAUAAUAAUAAUAAUAAUAGUAAUAAUAAUAAUAAUAGUAAUAAUAAUAAUAAUAGUAAUAAUAAUAAUAAUAAUAGUAAUAAAAAUAGCAAUAAUAAUAAUAAUUAUAAUGAUUAUUAUAAAGAUGGACAAAAUAUUGUAAUUAAUACAAAUUACACAUCCUCUUAUUAUAAACACAAAAAAUCUGUGAAUAAUAUAUUCAUAAAUAAUGAUGUAUUCUCUUCGUUACAAAAUAUUUUUCUAUUAAUAAAUAAGAUAAAUAAAAACUUUUUUCAAAGAGUUCAGCCCAAAUUUGAUGGAAAUCAAAAACAAAUUAUAAUUGACAAUGUUGUUUAUAUUAAUAAACACCCAUAUGUAUUACACAUCCUAUUAAAAAACAAUAAUGUAAAUAUCAACAUAUAUAAAGAAAUAGAUAUAUUACUAGCUAGCGAAUAUUUUAGUCAUUUAUGUAAUAAUAUUAACAACUUGGACUUUUUUUCCUUAGUAUCCUUAUUUCACAUAUACAUACCCAAAAAAAAAAAAAAAAAUUAUACAAUAGUAAAAAAUGCAAAUGAUAUAUACAAUAGUAAUAAUAGUUAUGAUGGAAUAAUAAAAGAUAGACAAGAAAAUAUUGAUGAAGAGGAGGAAAAAAAUCAAGAGCAUUUAAAUUUAAUUCCCUUUCUUGAUAUAAUAAAAAAUUGCAUAUUAAAAAAUAUAUGUAUUCAAAUAAACCACUUAAUGACAAAUGUUAAAAAUAAUAAUGAACAUAAAGAUAAUCCUAUCAAUGUGAAUAAGAAAAAAAAGAAGGUUACCUUUCAUGAUAUUUAUGGAGAAGUUAUAAAUAUUCUAUAUAUUAUAAAAGAUGAUGAUAUAAAAAAUUAUAUUAAUUAUAUACAUGUUAUACUUGAUACAUUAUAUAAAAAUAUACAUAAACAUAUUCAUCAUUAUAAUUAUACAUAUUCCAUUAAAUUACUUAGAUAUAUAAAUACUAUUCUAUCCUUUUACAUAAACCAUUCUUAUAUAUCAAAUGAACAAAAGAUACAAAAAAAAGAAAAAAAUGUCUCAAAAUAUUUUUCAUCUCUAAUUGAUAAUAAUUUCUUUUACAUACAAAAGGAAAAUUUCUCUUUUAAUUAUGUCCAUAAAAAUUAUAAUAUAUUAUAUAAUUGGGACAUGUAUAAUACAACAAAUAUAAAUAAUAAUAUUAACCAUGAUAAGAAUAUUCAACAGUAUACUAAUGAUGAUAAUACUACUAUAUAUAUAGAAGAUCUUAAUAACCUACAAAAUUAUAAUUUAAACAAAAAAUUACUAUAUAAAACAAAUGAAGACAUUUAUGAUAUAUCCUUUAUGCCUAAACAUAUAGAACAUAAUAAUAAUAUAUUAAAUGAUAAUGAUGUAACAUGGAAUAACAACUCUUCAUCUAAUUAUCAUCAUCCCAAUGUUUAUAAAGAACAAUAUGAUAAAAUGGGAACAUUACCUAUUAUUAAGAAUAGUCCAAAUGAAUAUAAUUUAAUUUCAAAAGAUAUAGAAAGUUAUAAAUAUAUAAUAAAAUUUUCUAUUGAAUUAUUAUAUAUUAUUGUAAAAAAGAUUAAAUAUGUACACCAUACAAAUACUUUCGCAGACGAAGAAAUAAUAUUAGAAAUAAUUAAUACAUUAAUUCAUAUUCAUCAUACAUAUCAUACAGAUAUUAAUAAUAUGAUAAAUGAAAAAUCGUUAUUUUUAAAAAAUAAUAUAAUUAAUUCAGAAUAUAAUAAUAAUUACUCUAUAUACUUUUUCCUUUUUUUAGAUUUUAUUUUUAAUACUUUAAAAAAAAAAUAUAUAUAUAUAUCUCAUAAUGAUAAUCACAUGAACGAAAUAAUUACACAAUAUUAUUAUAAAAAUGAAAAUUUUUUUAAAAUUCUCUCAUUACUUAGCAAUAUUAGAUACUUAUUAACAUGUAAUAAAAGACAACCAAAAAAUAUGGAACCUUCUACUCAUAAUAAUACUUUAUGUGAAAAUCAUAAAAUACAUAUAUCGCAUCAAAAAAUAAUAGAAGGUACUACAAAUGAAAAAAAGAAAAUGUUUAUAAGUAAAAUAAAUGAGCAUAUAUAUCAACUAACAAAUGAUAUAAUUUUAUUUUAUACAGAAUAUAGCAACAAAAUGAAUAAUAAUAAUCAUCGUAAUUAUCAUUAUUUUCAAAAAGAUGGAUCUUCAUAUAACAAUACUAUAAACAUACAAUUUUAUAUAUUCUACUUAUUUAAUGAUGUGUAUCUUCAAAAUAAUUAUGCUAUGAGAAAAAUUAUCUUUUCCUAUUUUUCAAACAGUUAUAAAUACAUAUAUUCAUAUCCACUCUUAAAUUAUAAUAUAACAUAUUUACAAUAUAUAACUAUUUAUAAUUUUCUUAAAUUGUUCAAAAAUGAAAUUAAUGAACCCUCAGAAGAAUAUGAUAAUGUUGUAAAAAUUUUUAUUCGCUUAUUUGAUAAUAAUACAUAUCAACAAAUUGGAGUACAACAAAAUAUUAUUAACACAACAAAUAUUUAUAUACAACAUGACAUAAAAUAUUAUAUCCACAAUUUAUAUAAAAUAUGCUAUUUUUUUAUAUUAUCCAAAAAAUUAAUUACAAAUGUAGAAUUUAUUAAUCAAAUCAAUUCUAUCUUUUAUUUAAAUUUUUAUAUGAUCAAUCAAUGGGUACAAACAGAAAGAGGAAAAAACAAACUGAACGAUUCAGGUCAUUUUACACAAUUAAUAAAUAAAUGUAUGAACAAAAUAAUUAUCAUAUUUGUUAUACACAAGUAUUGGCAAAUAUUGAAAACAGAAGAUACCAUAAAAUAUUUAUCAACAUUUAUUUAUGCCACACAUGAUUUAAUAAGUAACGAAAAUAAAAGAAAAUUAUUACUUUAUAUUUUUCCUUUUAUGAAAGAAAAAAAACACGAAAAGGUGCUGAUUCGUUUGACAUAUCUUUUAAGAAAUGGUGAGCUAGCCAAAAACAAUGAAAUAAAUCUAGAAAAAUAUUAUCAAUCAGAAAAAAAAAAAAAUCAAUCAAAGAAUAUACCAUAUGAAAAUGAUAUAAGUCUAACCUAUGAAAAAUAUAAUGAACAAACAGUUGAAGAUUAUAAAAAUGAUACGGUCCUAUGUCCAUCGAACUUACAUGUACAAACAAAUAUAAAUAACAAAAAUAAAGAACAAAAACAAAUAUAUGUGAACUAUAAUAAUUAUUUCAAGAAUUAUGAUAUCAAAAAUACAAGCAAAAUAAAUCAUAAUCCAAUUCAUAUAAACGUAAAAGAAAUCAUAAACCAUUUGGAAGAAAAUGAAAAUAUUAAAUUAAGUAAUGAUGAAUUACACAAAAUAUUAAAAGAACAUAUUAAUCAAAUGGAUAUAAUAAAACAAGAAAAUAUGUUAUUAAAAAACAAAUUAAAUUAUAUUGUACUAAAUUUUGAAAAUUUUAUUUCUUCAUAUAUUCAUAAUAUUAUAUCAAAUAAAAAUGCUCACGUCCUUUAUACAAAGACAAACAUUUCUGUAAACAACGACAGCAUAAAUGAAGAAACAAACAAACAAAUAAUUAAAGAAACAUUUAAAGAAAAACAUAAAGAAGAACAACAAGAAUAUAUUCAUGUAUAUAAUAAAACAUAUCAUGAAGAAAAAAAGCAGGAAACCAAAGUAAGCAUAAAAUUUAAUUAUCAACAAAUGGAUGUUAAAAAUGAAUAUUUUCACACACUUAAAAAAUAUCAAACUAAUCAUUCAUUCAAAAUUAAUAAUAUUUUAAUAAAUAUGUAUAUGUAUAACCCUUAUAUAUGUGCAAAAAAAAAUAAAAACUUUUUUCUAUCCAAAAAUAAAAAGCAUAAAAAAAUUAUUAUUCUUCCUUAUGAUACUUAUAAAAAUAUUAAAAAAAUACUUACAUAUGAUGAUCAUAACGAAAAAACCAAAAUCUUCAAAAGUCUUCAAAAUGUAAUUUAUUUGUUUUACGAUAGAUUUAAAGCAUUAUUUGAAAAAAUAAAUUAA